AUGAUAGAAAUCAAUUAUUUUGUAUUAUCAGUAACAUCGAGUUACCUUAUUUUAUUCUAUCUCUAUGAUAUAAUAGGACCAUUGUAUUCCUCUAGCUAUCCAAAGCUAUCAAAAGCGGAUAAAUUAGAAUGGAAUGUAAGAAUUAAUUCAACUAUAAAUUCGACCAUUGCAACAAUAGUCACCUAUAAAGUAAUGUUUUUCGAUGAAAUACCUAAUAUUUAUGUAACAGAACCUUUCCUAGGUACCACUGGUGAUCCCAUGUACUUAUUCCAAGCCAUCUUUGCCUACUUUUUAUAUGAUACUCUUUUAAUUUUAAUCAUUGAAUUAAGUACACCAUUUGUCAAUAUUAGAUGGUUCUUAUGCUUUGUAUAUACUGCAUGGAUCGUUAGGGAUCUCUCAACAGAAUGGCAUAGAGUUGUGGAAGCCAUUCCCAAUUUCUUCCUCAGAUGGAUUUGGAUUGGUCCAUUUAUGAUAUUGCAACCAUUGAACUUCUAUUGGUCCUAUUUAAUAGGUUUCGGACUUUUUAAACUACUCUCAAAGAAGUUAACUGGUACCACAAAUCAUAUAAAGUCAUUGGAACAAGGACAGGAUGUAGAAGAAGAUUCAGGCUCUAUUGUAAAUAAUAUUGAAAUUGAAAAUCUUGGACAAUCAACAAAAUCAUCAUCAUCCUCCAAAUCCACACUAAUCGAUAGUCAUAAAGAACUCAAGUCAAUACCAACAAUGUCUAAACUCGCAGCAACUAAACAACUAAAAACAAAAAAGGUUCAAUAA